GAAAAUGCAAGAGCAGCCCAGCACCAAAGUUCACACUGGUGGCCUUGGCCGAUUCUGUCCCUGCAAAGCCCCUUCUCAGCAGCACAGAGCUCUGCCAAAAUGCAGCGCUCACCACACCCCCUCAUGCUAUUUCUUCUCCUGGCAUCCGUGUGUGGCAAGCAUGGCCUGGUGGGCCAGCCCGUUGAUGGUGGGGAGGACCCCAAGUCUGCAGACCCCCGGUGGGGGCAAAUGAAGAGCAGAAACCAAAGCAGGCCCCUCCUCCCCACUGACUUCCACAAGGACACAGUCACCAAUGAGUGGAUUGCAGAUGGAGAGGAGGACGAGGACUACCUGGACCUGGAGAAGAUCUUUGGGGAUGAUGACGACUACAUUGACAUCGUGGAUGCAGUCUCGCCUGCAGACCCCAUGGCCAGUGCAGGGAAUGUGCUCCAGCUCUUCCCAGGCAAGAGCCGCAUCCAGAGACUGAACAUUCUCAAUGCCAAGUUCGCCUUCAACCUCUACCGGGCACUGAAGGAGCAGGCCAGUGCCUCAGACAACAUCUUCCUGGCGCCUGUGGGCAUCUCCACGGCCAUGGGCAUGCUCUGCCUGGGCCUGCGCGGGGAGACCCACAAGCAAGUGCAUGCGGCCCUGCACUUCACGGACUUUGUCAAUGCCAGCAGCAAGUAUGAGCUGGGCACUAUCCACAACCUCUUCCGGAAGCUGACCCACCGCCUCUUCCGGAGGGACUUCGGGUACACGCUGCGGGCUGUCAACGACCUUUACGUCCAGAGGCAGUUCCCCAUUCUGGAUGACUUCAGAACCAAGGUCAGACAGUACUACUUUGCCGAGGUCCAGGCGGCCGACUUUGCAGACCCUGCCUUCCUAUCGGAGACUAACCACCACGUUGCAAGACUCACCAAGGGCCUCAUAAAGGACACUCUGCAGGACAUAGACCCUGCGACUCAGAUGAUGAUCCUGAACUGCAUCUACUUUAAAGGGUCUUGGGUGAAUAAAUUCCCAGUGGAAAUGACCCACAACCACAACUUCAGGCUGAAUGAGCGAGAGGUGGUCAAGGUCCCCAUGAUGCAGACCAAAGGGGCCUUCCUGGCAGCAAGUGACCAGGAGCUGGACUGUGAGAUCCUGCAGCUGGAUUAUGUGGGGGGCGUCAGCAUGCUGGUCGUGGUCCCGCACAAGCUGUCUGGGAUGAAGACCCUGGAGGCGCAGCUGACACCCCAGGUGGUGGAGAAAUGGCAGAAGAGCAUGACAAAUAGGACACGGGAGGUGCUCCUGCCUAAGUUCAAGCUGGAGAAGGACUACAACCUGGUGGAGGCCCUGCGAUCCGUGGGGGUCACAGCAUUGUUUGACAGGAACAGCAACUUGACAGGGAUUUCAGACCAGAGGAUUGCCAUUGACCUGUUCAAGCACCACGGCACCAUCACAGUGAAUGAGGAGGGCACCCAGGCUGCAGCCGUAACCACUGUGGGGUUCAUGCCGCUGUCCACCCAAGCCCGCUUCAGCGUUGACCGGCCCUUCCUGUUCCUCAUCCACGAGCACCGCACCGGCUGCCUGCUCUUUAUGGGCAGAGUCGCCAACCCCGCCAGGUCUUAAAAGUGGUGAGGCAUGGGCAUCUUGAGUGUUCUGGGGCACUCUGCAAUUCUGUUUCCAUUCCAACAACAAGAAUGAGGCGUUCUGGCACUGAGACUCCGCAGCUAACCACCUUUCCACGAGACACUGACAAGGGACCUAGAAGCUCGCUGCACUGGACUCAAUUCUGCACAGUGAAUGGCGUAUCAGCUCGCAGAAGUCAGCGCACCUGUAAUACAGCCGUCACCUGGAGGGCAACAGUACAGCCUACCAGCUUCCCCCAGCCCCUCAUAGCAAUCUUGGUGCCCCAGGCCCCACCAGUGCACCUCCGGCUGUUACCGGCAGCCCCUCUCCAGCAGGGCUCCUCCCGACACAGCUCUCAGAGAGAAGCUGCAUGAUCACUGGCAGAGUGGUGACAGCCUGCCCACCCCAAGGUCCAAGAGUGGACUGUCCUCCUGACAUUUGGGUGCCCAGCACCUUGGGCUCAACCCUUUCUAGGCCCAGCCUCCAGAGUUGAUGCCAGAUGUCUCUGCACCCUGCUGUCCCCCAUGGGUGCCUGGAGGGCAGUGUGUACAUGUAGCCUGGCCUUCUACCCUAGAGCUGAAUAAAUACCGCCACUUUCACGGUUA